CAAAGACUAUCCCAAAGAGGAUUCACUGUGGAAAAGCUAGUGGCAUGAGUGGGAAUGAAUGAGCUACAAUAAAAUAGCUUAAUUGUUUGAGUCAACUCCGAGGCCACGCCUCUGUUUCUGUUUGAUACAAUGACAGUCUCUCCCGCACUCAUCUCAUCUCUUCACUCGGCGUAUAACCCGACCCGACUCUACUCAACGUAACAGAGCAGUCUGAGGUCCAGUCAUCUCAUACUGACUCACUCCAAGGUGUCCUGACACAGCUAGUAAAAAGGUUGCACAGUGAGCAUGAACCUGAGCCUCCCUGACCAGAACAUGCACAACCCCAGUGACGGUGGUCUGGAGGAUAACAAGGCUGGGCUCAUGAUCCCCUGCUUCCAUAGAAACAUGUACGAUGAGCCUCUAAUUUCAUACUCCAAUGGAUCCAUCAUCUCUCACCUCCUGCGCAAAACCAUCCACAACAAGAAGGCUCUGGACGAAAGCCAUUUCUACCUACCCACAUCGACUGUGUCCAGCUCCACAAUGGCUGACUACAGUCAGGAGGACCAGAGCAGUGUCUCGUCCAAGGACAGCGCGGCAGAGUCUGCGUCCCCAGGCAGGCACCUCUCGACCAGGGUCAGCCCUGAGGAGGACAGGCCCCUGAGUGACCACCUCCAGGCCAAGCGUGCCCGUGUGGAGAACAUCAUCCGCAGCAUGGCGGGGUCUCCCAACAGCAGGCUCCAUGGGGACAGUGAAAGGGUUGAGUCAGACACCAGGGAGGCUAGAGAGACCUACAGGGAGAACAAACGUAAACAGAUGCUCCCCCAGCAUCAGGAGCACAGUCUCAAUGCGGCAGCUCCAGCUAACAGAGGCAGCAGUAGCAGCAGCAGCAGUAAGGAUGAAGAGUGCCACAAACUGAAGGUGCAGCUCCAGAGCAUGCAGAGAAUCCUGAGACAGCUCCAGGAUAAGUUCUUACAGGUUUAUAACCAGGACGACGCUGUGCACGAAGACAGAGAUGACACAGGCACCGGCAGUCAUCCUGAAAAUGAUGACACCACACCAAGCAAAGAGUCUGGGUUCAUGUUCCGUAUAAACAUGGAUGAGGAGUUAGAGAGGAAGCAUGACAGUGGUAAAGGGGGCUGUAAGGACAGAGUGAAGACAGACAGAAGUUAUCUGACACAUCAAAGGGGAGGCAAGAACCUACAGGAGACUCUGAAGCAUGAGCUCUCCAAAGCGGUGAGUGAGAGUGUAGAUAUGGUGUUCAAGAAACUCUCCUCCACGGGGCUCAACCAGUCAUCUCAUCAGCGCAUGUGUCACACCCAAGAGCACGUCAUUAUGGGAGCUGAGAGGAAGAGCCAGGUACCCUGUAACCAGGAGCAAUCACACACUGAGGAGUCAGUCAAACCCCAGGCUCUAGAGCACUAUGAGAGAAGUGAGGCUUGCAGUCCUAAGGAUCAGACCGAAGCUCUGUCUCUAGUGGUCCGUAAGCCGCCCAUGAGCCAGCUUAGCUCAGUUACCCCGAUGGUGAAGAGGCCCUAUCCCUUACACCAGUCUCCAUUCCAGUUCAACUACAGCACACCUCUCCAUGACAGUCGAAUGCUGGAACACCUCCUCAAAUACGGGCCCCACACUAACUUCGGAGGUCUCCCAUGCAUGCCCCCAUCCAUGGACAGAACCUCACCAAACUCGGUGGACCUACCCUGGUCCAUAAGGUCCAAAGUGACAUCCAGCCACCUGGCCCACCACCAUCACCCAUCAGGCCUGGGUCCAGUGACCGUGGACAGUCUGUGUCUCCCUCAUGUCAAGAUGGAGUGUGGGGACCUGCAGAGCAUAGCAGAGAGAAACUCCUAUAUGUCUCUCAAUAUCCAGCAAGGCCUAACCCCCAACCAUCUGAAGAAGGCUAAGCUGAUGUUCUUCUACACCCGUUACCCCAGCUCCAAUGUGCUGAAAACCUUCUUUCCAGAUGUCAAGUUCAAUCGCUGCAUCACCUCUCAGCUCAUCAAGUGGUUCAGUAACUUCCGGGAGUUUUACUACAUCCAGAUGGAGAAGUUUGCCCGCCAGGCCAUAGUGGACGGGGUCAGGGAUGUGAAAGACAUGUCCAUCAGCAGAGACUCUGAGCUGUUCAGAGCCCUCAACAUGCACUACAACAAAGCCAAUGACUUCCAGGUUCCUGAGAGAUUCCUUGAGGUUUCUGAAAUGACUCUUCAGGAGUUCUUCAACGCCAUUUCAACUGCUAAAGAUUCUGACCCCUCUUGGAAGAAGGCAAUCUACAAGGUCAUCUGUAAGCUGGACAGUGAUGUCCCAGAUGAGUUCAAAUCAUCCACCUGCCUAUAGACAGAGCAAGCAAAAGCCAUGCUCAAGGAAGGAAGGACAUUUUGCAAGUCAUGCAAUGACAAUAAUUUCUGAUUUUAACCCGUUGCCAAUGAAUUGGAUUUUAGUGAGGAAAUUCUGGAAAAAAACAUGAUGUUGUAAAUGACGUAUUAUACACAGCAGGAACCUACUUAUGGCACACACUUUUUACCGUCUCAGUAAACACAUUAUAACACGGCUUCAGCUCUCUCCUAGGAGUUUUUGGUAACACAUACUUGACACCAAGGUCAUAACCAUGUCAUAAUAUCUCACAACAGCUGAUUAUGACACCUACAUAAGAGGGUCACAACCCACAUGUAUUCAAAAUCUUUUUUUUCCCUGCCAAGAAGUUUCCUUUCAUUUGAAAGUUUGUUUCUUCAAUAUUCUGUUGUUGUUAUGAAUUAUUUAGUCAUGUUUUUUUCAUCAUAUUUUAAAUAGCUUGUAGAAAUUACACUCUUAUGACACUGUCAUGAAGCUUUAUGACCAUCGUAAUCAUAUAAGCCAAAAAGGCCUAUCACGUACAUGCCCUUAUAUCGGUCAUCAGUCAUUUGCCCCUGAUAAUUUGCUCCUGCAUUCAUCCCAGUCAUCAUCAACAGAGCAUUGGGGUAGGUGCAUGUCUGACAUCAAUGUUUGCGCAAUUACAAUGAUAAUUCAAUAUGUUCAAUUAAAA